AUGAGUGACAGUGACGAUAGUGUUGAACCAACUGCUGGGGAUGCUGAAAAUGUGGAAGAUAUAGAUUUUCAGAUGGCAUUUGUUAUUUUGCUAGAGGAUUUUAAAAUACUUUUUGACAAGCGGCAAACUCCAGCAAUCAAAUCAGAAAAAGAUAAAGCAGCUAAAUCACUCGCAGAAGCGUAUACCAAGAAUACCAAAGAAGUAAUGACUGUUAAACAGGUUAUGAAAAAAUUGAACAAUGUGAAAACCAAAGUUAAAGAAGCCACAGACCUUAAAAAGACGGGUAAUAAGAAAAUUGUACUCACGGAUUGGCAAAAUAAAUUUUAUGCUAAUUGGAAUAACGAGGAAGUUCAGGGAGCGAAUCCUGUACUGAAAAAAGCACCAGGUGCAGUAACAUCCGGCUAUUCCAUGCCAUUAACUAGCAAAUCAAGUACUUCAACAUUAUUGUCGCCUCCUGAAAAGAAGAAAAAAUUAGAAAUAACUAAAAUCAAAGAACCAGAAGAGUUUCAAGGAUAUUCUUUGCAGCACUUGCAAAGAAUGUGCUUAAUUCAACAAAUUCAGGCCGCUCGUGCUCAAGAAAGUGCUGCUAUUCAAAUAAAGGAAUAUUAUCAGUUGAAGAUCAAUCAAGACUCAAUAGUACUUUAUACUGAACCUUUUUCUGAUGUUAAUAAUAAUGACGACUGA